GUUCCCUAUAUAAAGAGGAACGAAAGCAAAUCCCCCUCAAUUAUUUCUUCAUUUUAUACAUUGUACUUCUUAUUUAUCUCCCUAAAACUUCCCCCCCCAUCAUGGAAAUAGCAAAGAGGCUCACCCUGGAGCUCCGGAACAGGAAAGCGUCUGAAGUGAAAGAGAUGGUUUUGGAUAACUGCCGUUCAGAUGAUGGUAAAAUUACUGGCCUGACCUCAGAGUUUGAAAACCUGGAAUUCCUCAGUAUGAUCAAUAUCAACCUACUAUCUCUUGCUAACCUUCCGAAGCUUGGCAAGUUGAGAAAGUUGGAGCUCAGUGAUAACAGGAUCUCAGGAGGAUUAGAGGUACUUGCAGAACGGACCCCAAAUCUGACAAAUUUAAAUCUCAGUGGAAACAAGAUUAAAGACAUCAACACUCUAGAACCACUUAAGAAGCUACCUCACCUUAUGAGCUUGGAUCUGUUCAACUGUGAAGUGACUAUGUUGAACAAUUAUAGAGAGAGCGUCUUUGAACUUUUGCCUCAGCUCACAUACCUGGAUGGCUUUGAUGCUGAUGAGCAAGAGGCGCCAGAUUCAGAUCCUGAAGAUCUAGAUGAGAAUGGAGAAGAAGGAGAUGACGAUGAAGAUGAAGGAGAGGAAGAUGAGGAAGAGCUUGAUGAGGAUGAAGAUGAAGAUGGUGUAGAUGAUGAGGAGGACAUUGAAGAGGAGGAAGGAGAAGAGGAAGAGGAUGAUGAUGAAGAUGUGCCCCAGGGAGAAAAGAGAAAACGAGAUCUGGAAGAUGAGGGCGAAGAAGAUGAUUUUGAGGAAGAAGAUGAUGAGGAUGAUGAAUGAGACAAAUAUGCUACUGGAACAAAUAUUUUUUUUUUUUUUUUUUUUAAUGGACUUUUUGGGCUGGCGAUCAGUUUGUGGUAGUGCCAGCUAUUUGGCCACUUCAUAACUGCUGUCAGAUCCCCUGUUCGUUUAUACAGAAUUCUGUUUGUUUAGAUGUCUAGGAUUGAGCGAUACUAUUUUCUGUACUGGUCUGAAUGUGUGUGUUUUUUGGUUUAUUUUUUUUUUCCUCCCCGCUUUAUUUAAAAUGAGGGAUUCCAUUGGUUAUUCGGUGAGUCAGAUAACAGGUCAUAAUUUUUUUUUUUUAAUUUUUUUUUCCUCUAACUCCCCCUCCCCCAACUAUUGAGUUUUCUGUGAAAAUUCAAUGGUUCUCUGAUCUGUGAAUGUUGUGUGGAUGUUUAUAAAUUGAGGUUAAUCCAAAGACCAUAUCCCUUUUUAUGCUUAUGCAUCCCGCAUUAUUUUUGGUCAUGCCUUAAUAUUCUCCUGCUGUGUACACCCCUUGGACUGAUGUAAUUAAGAUGUCAAUUAACAAAACCUUGUGUAUUUUGGCAAUAACAGUAAUGACAAGUUGUCUACAGAAUUUAUGUAUUCAACAA